UAUUUUAUAUCUAUAUUUAUCCAUUGUUUUAUUCACUAAUCCCCUGGAGAGACAUGUUUGUUGUGACUGUUGAUGGAAUAAAAAAUAAAAACAACCAUGAAGUGGGAGGAGCGCGCGCGCACACACACAGAGGCGCGCACAGGCCGCCAGGGCCGCAGAUGAAGCAUGACGGAGCAGAGCGAGACACAGCAAGGUGACCCGGUCCAGCGUGUCAUGCUCCGUCAGCCCUUCCUGAUCGGCGUGGCGGGCGGCACAGCCAGCGGCAAGUCAUCGGUGUGCAACAAAAUCAUGGAACUUCUGGGUCAGAACGAGAUCGACCAUCACCAGCGGCAGGUGGCCAUCCUCAGCCUGGACAGCUUCUACAAGGCUCUGACCCCGGAGCAGAAGGCCAAGGCACUAAAGGGCCAGUUCAACUUUGACCACCCAGAUGCUUUUGACAAUGACCUGAUAAUCGCCACCCUUUGGGACAUCAAGGAAGGGAAAACGGUCCAUAUCCCGGUUUAUGACUUUGUCUCCCAUUCCAGGAAGAAAGAGACGGUGACGGUUUAUCCUGCAGACGUGGUUCUGUUCGAAGGCAUCCUGAUGUUCUACUCUCAGGAGAUCCGAGACCUUUUCCAGAUGAAGCUGUUUGUGGAUACGGACGCAGACACGCGCCUGUCACGCAGAGUGCUGAGGGACAUCCGCGAACGCGGCCGGGACUUGGAGAGCGUCCUGGCUCAGUACAUCAACUUUGUGAAGCCUGCCUUUGAGGAGUUCUGCCUGCCGACCAAGAAGUACGCAGACGUGAUAAUACCAAGAGGAGUGGAUAACACUGUCGCCAUAAACCUGAUCGUCCAGCACAUCCAGGACAUCCUGAACGGCGGCCUGACCAAACAAUUCAACAGCUGGAUCAGCAGCUAUAAGUUCAUGAAGCCGCAGCAGCCCAGCGUGGAGCCGAGCAGUCGACCCCACUGACCCGAGGGAAAGACGGCGUCGCAGUGCUCCUCUCCCUCCAUCGUUACCUAGAAACCGUAAAAGUCUGAUUCUGCUCAGACUGCAGAGAUCUGGUCAAUCAGGGAUCUGGAUUCAAGCUUCAAGUUUGUGGACCUGUGGGACCAACCCUGCUUCCUCUGUUUGAUUAGAGUCCAGAAGCUUGUCUCCUCAGAGACGAUCUGAUCAACAUGGAUGUUUUUGUUUACUUAACCUCCUUCUGAGAAACAAUCUUUUCAUAUAUGCAAGUUAAAGCUCAAUAAGUCGAUAUUAUUGCUUUUUUUUCUCCGUUGUCUAAGGUUGUAUUUGCUUUGUUUUGAGCUAAAGGCUGAUUGAAACGGUGCCGUUGUAUCUGAACUUUAUGGACCAGCUGCAAAUGUUUGCUAUUCACUAACCGUUCCAGAGCAGUUUGUUCUAAUUUCUCCUGUGUUGUUUUGCUUUGCUGCUAUAAACUCUGAUGUAUCAGAGGCUGUGCUGAUGGUGAGGAUUCCCACCAACAUGCACGCUCAUUAGGUUCAAUAUGUCUAUAAAAAGCUGCUGUAGAUGUUCUUUUGAUACUUUUGUUUAUACAUAUGAGUUUAUAAACUUUCCAGGUACUCUGCUGCCCUCCUCAGGCUGGUUUGUGUCAUUUCACCGUUACUAAAGCUCAUUUUUGCUCAUUAGGGGAGAUGAGCAGUUC